GGAGGCGAGUGUGAGGUUGGGAGCGGCUGGACCACGAACUGGGCUUGCAAGGGGAGUUUUCAAGGAGCUUAUCUGCUGGACACGAUCCUCACCCACCUACCCAUUCUGCAGGAGGCCCAGAACAUUACGCAUCAUGACACUAGCUGCAUAUAAAGAAAAAAUGAAGGAGCUCCCCCUGGUGUCUCUCUUCUGCUCGUGCUUCCUCUCAGAUCACUUAAACAAACCGUCUUACAAAUAUGAAGACACUGUAGAUCUCACCUGGUGUGUCAUUUCUGACAUGGAGGUCAUCGAACUCAACAAGCGUACCUCGGGCCAGUCCUUUGAAGUCAUCCUCAAGCCACCGUCCUUUGAUGGAAUCCCCGAAUUCAAUGCCUCCCUGCCCCGACGACGUGACCCUUCACUGGAGGAGAUCCAGAAGAAGCUGGAGGCUGCUGAGGAGCGGCGUAAGUACCAGGAAGCGGAACUCCUAAAGCACCUGGCGGGAAAGCGGGAGCAUGAGCGGGAAGUCAUCCAGAAAGCCAUUGAAGAGAACAACAAUUUCAUCAAGAUGGCCAAGGAGAGGCUGAUCCAGAAAAUGGAAUCCAACAAGGAGAACCGAGAGGCCCAUUUAGCUGCUAUGUUGGAACGCCUGCAGGAGAAGGACAAACAUGCUGAGGAGGUUCGGAAGAACAAGGAACUAAAGGAAGAGGCCUCAAGGUACUGUGAGCCUGGUGUUGCUUAA